CUUCUACGCUCAUUUUCCUCCCCUUCCCUUCCCUUUCUUCUCAUUCUCUGCUUCAACAGCCGCCGGAACCAUCUCCCCAAAUCUCCGAUCAACCAGAAAUCCGGCCACCAUGAAUAACACCCCCCACUUCGUCUUCGGGAUUCUGGGGAAUGCCUUCGCUCUCUUCCUCUUCCUCGCCCCAACGAUUACUUUCAAGCGGAUAAUCAAGAACAGGACGACCGAGGAAUUCUCCGGCGUCCCUUACGUGAUGACGCUCCUCAACUGCCUGCUCUCCGCCUGGUACGGGCUGCCUUUCGUCUCCAAGGACAACCUCCUCGUCACCACCAUCAACGGCACCGGCGCCGCCAUCGAGAUCGUCUACGUCCUUCUCUUCCUCGUCUUCGCCCCCAAGAAGGUGAAAGCCAAGAUCGGCGGUCUCUUUGCCGCCGUGCUCUCCGUCUUCGCCGUCAUCGCACUCGUCUCCCUGUUCGCGCUCCACGGCAACACCCGCAAGCUCUUCUGUGGCACUGCCGCCACCGUCUUCUCCAUCAUCAUGUACGCUUCCCCUCUUUCCAUCAUGAGGCUGGUGAUCAAAACAAAGAGCGUGGAGUUCAUGCCAUUUUUCCUGUCACUGUUCGUGUUUCUGUGUGGCACUUCCUGGUUCGUUUUUGGGCUGCUCGGCGGUGACCCUUUCAUUGCCAUACCUAAUGGGUUCGGGUGUGGGUUGGGAUUAAUGCAAUUGAUUCUCUACUUCAUCUACCGUAACCACAAGGGCAGCAAUAUUGCGGAGAAGGAAUCGGCGAUGGAGAUGGGUUCCCAGAAGAAACCCAAGCAAGGAGGCAACCAUACUCAUGGCAAUGGGAACGAUGACCCAGGAGCUGGUGGCCCCCCGACUGCCAUUAAUGAAUCCCCUGUGUAGAAGUAGAAGCGAGGGAAAAGAAGUGCAAAAUUUCCAGCCAGAAGGUUUUUAGGAGACUUCAGCUCUUUGGUGUCCACAAUAUGCGCUCGCGUCUCAUCUUGUAGAGCUACUUUAAGACACUAGCUAGUGUAUUAGAGGGAAAUUAUGCCUACACAAGGAAGAAUUUUCAUUAGCCAAAUGAAAAAAAAAGGGAAAAAUAAAAAAAUAUUGUGACUAUGGAAGAAGCAUACUGUUUUCAUUGCCUAGAAAUUGCCUUUUGAUUUCUCAUUAUGAAACUGUACUGGAAAUUAAUUGAUGAGCAAGUGUUAGUUUAUAACAUUGUGACGAAGUCGUGGAAGAUACGAUAAAUUUACAAA